AUCAGAAUGAAGAAGAGCCGCAGCGUGCUGUCGGUGACUGGAGGAGAAGAGGGUAAUGACACUGAUAUAACAGGUGCUGGGGAGAAGGCGGAGUCAUCGCGCUACAGCCGAUCGUAUACGUCUGGGGCCACACUGGGUGCUGAGCUACGCAGAGGGAGGAGCAGAAGACUCUCGUCUAGUCUCCAGGUGCCCUGCUGGCUCCGCCCUCGGGAUCGCACUUGUUCACCAGAGGUCCUGAGCAAUGUGUCGCGUCCAACAACUCUUCCUCUCCGAAUCCCACCACGCAUCUCCAUCACGCAAGCAGAUGUUGACAGUUACGAAGCAGAAAAUGGCGUGUCACCAGGUCACACCCCUCUGGGCUCACAGAGUCCAGGCCUUACCCUGCACACCUCCUUCCCCCAGGGCCAGAGAAGAGAAUCCUUCCUCUACCGCUCCGACUCAGACUACGACAUGUCGCCCAAGACGGUCUCACGUAACUCCUCCCUCGCCAGCGAAGGGCACACUGCAGAGGACUUUAUUGUCACACCUUUUGCUCAAGUGCUGGCCAGUCUACGAUCAGUACGGAGCAACUUCACCAUCCUUGCCAACGUCUCCACACCAACAGUCAAGAGGUCUCCUCUGGGUGGAGUGUGCGUCAGUCCCAGAUCAACACUGUCGGACCAGCAGUACCAACAGCUCGCCCUGGACACGCUGGAGGAACUGGACUGGUGCUUGGACCAGCUGGAGACCAUUCAGACACAUCGCUCUGUCAGUGAAAUGGCCUCCAACAAGUUUAAGAGGAUGCUGAACAGAGAGCUGUCCCACCUGUCAGAGAUGAGUCGCUCUGGUAACCAGGUAUCUGAAUACAUCUCUAGCACCUUCCUGGACAAGCAGAACGAGGUGGAAAUCCCAUCUCCCACCCUGAAAGACAAACCUAUGAGUCACAUCAGUGGAGUGAGGAAACUGUCUCACAGCUCCAGUCUCUCCAGCACUUCAAUGCCUCGCUUCGGUGUCAACACAGACCAUGAGGAUGAGCUUGCCAAGGAGCUGGAGGAUCUGGACAAGUGGAGCUUUAACAUAUUCAGAGUAGCAGAAUUCUCCAACAACAGACCUCUCAGCUGCAUCAUGUAUGCCAUCUUCCAGGAACGAGAGCUGUUGAAGACGUUUCGCAUCCCAGUCGACACCUUUGUCACUUACGUGAUGACCCUGGAGGACCAUUACCAUGGAAACGUAGCGUACCACAACAGCCUCCAUGCUGCAGAUGUCACCCAGUCCACACACGUCCUCCUAUCCACACCUGCUCUUGAUGCCGUCUUCACUGACUUGGAGAUCCUCGCGGCUCUGUUCGCUGCAGCUAUCCAUGAUGUGGACCACCCUGGAGUUUCCAAUCAGUUCCUCAUCAACACCAACUCAGAGCUGGCCCUCAUGUAUAACGAUGAGUCAGUUUUGGAGAACCAUCAUCUCGCUGUGGGCUUCAAGCUUCUGCACCAGGAAAACUGUGACAUUUUCCAAAACCUCACCAAGAGACAGCGCCAGAGCCUUCGCAAGCUCGUCAUAGAUAUGGUGUUGGCCACAGACAUGUCCAAGCACAUGACCCUGCUGGCUGAUCUGAAGACCAUGGUGGAGACCAAGAAGGUGACGAGUUCUGGUGUGCUACUCCUGGACCACUAUACAGAAAGAAUACAGGUUUUGAGGAACAUGGUUCACUGUGCAGACCUGAGCAACCCGACCAAGCAGCUACCAUUAUACAGACAGUGGACAGAGAGGAUCAUGGAGGAGUUUUUUCGACAGGGUGACAAAGAAAGAGAGAGAGGGAUGGAGAUCAGCGCCAUGUGUGACAAACACACUGCAUCAGUGGAGAAGAGCCAGGUGGGUUUCAUCGACUACAUUGUCCACCCACUGUGGGAGACGUGGGCCGACCUGGUGCACCCAGACGCCCAGGAGUUGCUGGACACACUGGAGGAGAACAGGGAGUGGUACCUGAACACCAUGCCCCAGUCUCCGUCACCUCCCCCAGACAGACACCUACAGCACGACCGCUUCCAGUUCGAAAUCACCCUGGAGGAACUGGAGCACAACAACCACAACCACAUGCACCUGAGGAACAGCAGCGGAGGGAGAAGUGGGAGGAAAGAGGUUUGCAAUGACGCAGACAGGAUGCAGAAUGACCAGGUCGAGCCUAACGGCGAGGAGCAGAACCACGUAGAAACUGAGAAAGAAGAAGACGAGGAAAAUCACAACAGUGAACAGAAUGGAGUCCAGGAUGAAGAGGAGGAGGAGGAGAUGCAGGAGAACGCAGCACAUGAAGAACAUGGAGAGGCGCAAGUAGAAGAAGAAGAAGGAGGAGGACAGAUAGAUGAAAUAGAAAAAGAAGAGGAAGAAGUUAAUGAUGUUGUGGAGGAUGAGGUGACCAAAGAAGAUAACGAACAAAAUCAGGAAGGAGAAGAGGAGCAGGGGGAGGAGGAAGGUGAAGAAAAUGAGGAGGCAAAGGGGGAUGAAGGAGAAGGUGAGCAAAAUGUAGACGGGGUCGAGGUAGAAGGGGAACAAGGAGAAAAAGAAGAUGAAGGGGAAGAGGAAACAGAAAAUGAGGAGGCAGAAGUGGAGGAGAAUGUAGAGGAGGAGACAGAGGGAAAUGUUGAAAAAGAAGAGGGAGAGAAUGAGGAGAAAGCGGAAGAAGAGCAGGCAGAAAGGGAAGAGAAAGUUGAGGAAGAAGAGGUAGAAACAGAAAAUUUAGAAGAUGAAGAGGAGAAAGGAGAGUUGGAGGAAGCAGAGGAGGAGGAGGCACCAGUAGAGGAAGAAGAAGAGGAGGAGGCGCCAGCAGAGGAAGAAGAAGAG